CCGAAUCACUGGCUCACGAAGCGACGCCGUGCAGCCUCACUUGAGCCUUGUCUCCCGUUGGACAAAUGCACGACGCCGAUAUUGAACUUCAAAACCAGCUCUCAUUCCACCAGUAUUCCUAAGAGUGAGAUCUUGCCACCAAUCCUCUACAUUUAUUCUCAUUAUCCAGCAACUCAUGAGCCCCACCUUAUUGCUGCAUGACCAUAGAGGACUUUGAGGCUGUUGAUCAUCUGGAUUCACGACCCCGCAACCGGCCGGCUUCACAAUGUCUCCCAAGGUCUCUGCGAGGGACUUGCUCGAACUUGUUCAGCUCGCUUGGAAGGUCGUCGACUCAUGUCGCCAGGCUUGUGGUGAGCGGGAGCCACUGACCAAAGAGGUUACCAGCCUUCUUGGCGUCGUUUCUCAACUGCAACAAGAAGCGGAGAAGCCGAACUCCUCGCUCCGUCGGCAAGACGGUGUCAGCCGUGAUGAGUUGAAAUCAACCAUUCGAGGUUGCCGGAAACUACUCAGGGCGCUUGAUCAGUUCCUCGCGAAGUAUGUUCUCUCGCACCGGAAGGGGAGUAUCAGGAAACUCUCCCUCAAGUUUGGCAAUGGCGACGUCCUGUCUAUGAACGAUGUCUUGGAGGAAUUAUCAGUUCACAAGGCAGCUCUUUUAUUGAAUCUACGUCUGCUCACCCCAAGCUCUCGAGGAAGUGUUGGGUGGUCGUUGGGGAAGAAAUUUCCAGGGAUGCAGCAAUCAGUUCACUGGACGAUGGCCAGGAUCAAUUCCAGUCAUGAUGGAUCAUCUCUCGCUUCUUCGUAUUCAGAUGAUGAAAGGACUGUUUGGAAGGAGAUUCAAAGAGGGCUUGUUAAAGAUGGAUGGUCCAGUCGCGACGUCAAGAAGCAUCGGAAGGCUAUCAAGGAAUACAUCAAGAAUCUAAGCUGGAGUGACGCUUUCGACGAAACCCCGCCUUCUUCGAACCCUUCUCUACAUAGAGAACCCCAGGGCGCUUUCCCACGUCAAGUAUAUACGCCAGAGAGCUUCCCUCGAGAAAGCUUCUCGCGAGACGGCCUCCCGCAGGAAAAUUUUCCUCCACCACCACCUCCGAACUUCCCACCACAAGACUUCCCGCAACAGAACUUCCCUCCUCCACCGCCUCCGAACUUCCCACCACAAGGCUUCCCGCAGGAAAACUUUCCUCCCCCACCACCUCCGAACUUCACACCACAGAGCUUCCCGCAGGAAAACUUUCCUCCCCCACCACCUCCGAACUUCACACCACAGAGCUUCCCGCAACAACACUAUGAACGACCUAUCUUCCCGCCACAAAAUUAUGAACGGCCUAUCUUCCCACCGCAACACUACCAACGAUCCAUCUUCCCACAGCAAAACUUCUCGGAACAGCAGGACUUCUCGGAACAACAGAACUUCCCGGAACAGCAGGACUUCCCGGAACAGGAGAAUUUCUCGGAACAGGAUUUCCCUCAACAGGACUUUCCUCCUCCACCACCUCCGAACUUCCCACCGCAAGAUUUCCCGCCACAGGACUUUCCUCCUCCUCCACCUCCGAACUUCCCACCACAAGACUUCCCGCAACAGAACUUCCCUCCUCCACCACCACCAAACUUCCCACCCCAACACUUCACCCAGCCAGUUCCGGAACACGAGGAGGCACCACAGCAGAUCUAUGUAAUAAGAAGUGCCCCACAAGAAAGCCACCAACCGGAGAGUGACAUAUACGAACCGCCACAGCCCACUCCAUCCCCCCAGUACAUGCCGCCAUCCGUUUCAGAUGAUGGCCAACAAUUCGACGAGAAGUCAGAGUACCCUCUCCCACCGCAAACCCAGUCAGAAUUCUCGGUCCGCCCCGGUGACCUCUCAGACACUUUCCUCCAAUGCACUGAGAAGGACACCUGGAACGACAUGAUGGAGAGUCUUGUCACAACACUGAUCGAUCCCAGCAAGAAUGUCUAUUUCCCAUGUUCGACAUGCAAGAAAUUAGUUCCGACUGCUCAGGCGAGACUCGACCGCAGCCAAAACUGGUGUCGCAACUGUUUCCACGCCAUCGUUUACAACGUGCUCUACUACCCCCUUGUUCCUCCCGAAUGGUGCAAACUGCGUCACAUCUCCAAACAGCGUAUGCAGGAUAUCGCAACACCGAAGAUGAAAGGUCAAUGGGUCAACAACUACGAGCAACUGCGAGCCAUGCGGGGUAGACCAGCAGGUGGGAUGUUGGUCCCGAGUCUUGAGGACCCACCACUGCUGCUUUAUCGGAACCCGGCUGUUCAGGAUGAGAUCUCGGGGAGGACGUUGAGGACGGCGUAUUUCGAGAUUGCGUAUUUCGAGGAGCCAUUCUCGAGCUUUGUAGCAAGGAGGAAAUGAAUAGUGUAAAAACGGGUUCAAAAAAAAAAACACAAAAUUUCGGUUGAGCGGGGGUUUACUUUGGGUGCUUCUACUUUUGGGGAGUUUGGGGGUUUCAAAAUAGGGAAAAUGAUUGUGGGCGAGCUUCAUGCCUUACGAAAUGAUGAGGAGGUGGGAUUCUGAUUUACGGUUGUGGCACGGCUGGGGGAGUUAGUUUGUACAUGCUGGAUCUGUAUUUUACCUUGGUGAUGAGUUUGAAAGCAAACAUUUGGCGGCCAAAGAAUCAUUGAGCACGUGAUUUGUGGUUCCGUGUCAUCAAAACCCACUCAUAUUUCUCACCACACUCUC